AUGUCGCACCGUAAGUUCGAGGCUCCCCGUCAUGGCUCUCUCGCCUUCUUGCCGAGAAAGCGUGCUGCCCGUCAUCGCGGCAAGGUAAAGUCCUUCCCCAAGGAUAACCCUAAGCAGCCUGUACACCUUACUGCCGCCCUGGGCUACAAGGCUGGUAUGACUACGAUCGUUCGUGACCUCGACCGACCCGGCGCAAAGGCACACAAGAAGGAGAUUGUUGAGGCAGUCACCAUUAUUGACACUCCACCUAUGAUCGUUGUUGGUCUUGUGGGCUACAUUGAGACCCCCCGCGGUCUCCGAUCACUCACCACCGUAUGGGCCGAGCACUUGAGCGACGAGGUCAAGCGCCGAUUCUACAAGAACUGGUACAAGAGCAAGAAGAAGGCUUUCACCAAGUAUGCCAAGAAGCACUCGGAGAACAGCGGCUCUUCCAUCACCCGCGAGCUCGAGCGCAUCAAGAAGUACUGCACCGUCGUUCGUGUCCUCGCCCACACCCAGAUCCGAAAGACCCCUCUCAAGCAGAAGAAGGCCCACCUUAUGGAGAUCCAGAUCAACGGCGGCUCCAUUGCCGACAAGGUCGAGUUCGGCCACGGUCUCUUCGAGAAGCCCGUCAGCAUCGACACCAUCUUCGAGCAAGAUGAGGUGAUUGACGUUAUCGCCGUCACCAAGGGUCACGGUUUCAACGGUGUUACUGCCCGAUGGGGUACUAAGAAGCUACCGCGUAAGACUCACAAGGGUCUCCGAAAGGUCGCUUGUAUCGGUGCUUGGCAUCCUUCCCACGUCCAGUGGACUGUUGCCCGUGCUGGUCAGCAAGGUUACCACCACCGUACCUCGGUCAACCACAAGGUUUACCGUAUCGGUAAGGGCGACAACGAGGCCAACGCCUCUACCGAGCAAGAUGUUACCAAGAAGACCAUCACUCCCCUGGGUGGUUUUGUCCGAUAUGGUGAGGUCAACAAUGAUUUCGUCAUGGUCAAGGGCUCCGUUCCUGGUGUCAAGAAGCGUGUCACGACGCUAAGGAAGUCCAUGUUCACUCACACUUCGAGAAAGGCACUGGAGAAGGUGGAGCUGAAAUGGAUCGACACCUCUUCCGAGUUUGGUCACGGUGCCUUCCAGACGCCUGCAGAGAAGAAGCAGUACCAAGGUACGCUCAAGAAGGACCUCGUUCAGAGCUCGUAG